AACGAGAUAAAAACAAUUUAAAAAUGUCUGUUUAUUUUAUUUAUUGACAAAGAAAACAAAAACUAUUUGCAUUCCUUAAAAUCCUCUUUGGUGGUGUGGCAGAGCACAAAUGUUUGCCCCCAUGAGAGAUUCUUCAAUGCUGUAGAAGAUGAAACCAGUCUUAAAAUAUCAAAGUUGUUGCUAUGCGAAGGGGCAGAUGACCAUUUGCUAAAUAUAUCCCACAAAACAUUCCAGAAUGUGAGGUCACAGUUUGCUGUAACCACUUGCCAGAUUUCCUCUCCCUCUUGUUUGAGAAGGACAAUGUUAAAAAGGAAGCACACGACGGCAGAUCAAUGUUGAUGGAAUUAAUACUUCAUGACGGAUGGUGAAAAUGAGGCAAGCCACUAAAUUAAGGGGCUGUCAUGCAGAGAGCGUUGGACUGGAUGGCCAGGACUAAGUUAUGUCCGAGGACUGUGUUGGUGGCAGCUGGCAAGAGUGACACAGAUCUGUGGGAAAGAACUGGAGCGAAAUAAGGAAGAAGGACAAAGAGGCAAAGUGAGAGAGAGAAGACAAGCCUUCAACUGGAACAGGGCUUUUUUUGUCAUAGAACUCACCGGAACACCGGAACCCUUUUUUCAAUGGAUUUUAUGACGUGAUUUUGACGCAGCAGAUCAGCAGCAAACAUCAUUAACAUGGUGCCUGCAGGCUGUUAUUGUGUCUGCGAUCUGCUAUCUGAUUGUGAGAGACAGCUGCUCCGGACGCUGCUUCGCUGCUCAGCUUGGGAUUGGUGUGUGUGCUUACUGUCAGCGGCGAUUUCGGUGCUUGAAAUGAGCUUACGGGGUCUCUAGAGCUUAAAAACAUGGAGACUUCCAAAAUAUCCCCGGAUGCUGAAGAACAGCCUUCCACGGACAUUGAAGAUCUCCAUUAUUCUCUCCAAGCGGAGCAAGAAAAUACUCAGAAGAGAACUUUCACCAGCUGGGUCAACUCACAGCUGGAAAAGCAUACACCACCUUCCCUUAUCUCGGACCUGUAUACUGACAUCGGUGAGGGCCAUGCGCUGCUGGAUCUCCUGGAGGUUCUUUCUGGACAACAGCUGCCACGUGAAAAAGGAUCAAACACCUUCCAGUGCAGAACCAACAUUGAAAAUGCCUUGACCUUCCUGAAGAACAGAUCGAUCAAACUAAUCAAUAUCCACGUCACUGAUAUCACGGAAGGAAAACCAUCCAUUGUGCUUGGCCUCAUAUGGACAAUCAUACUGCAUUUUCAUAUUGAAGAGUUAGCGUGGACUCUUGCGGGCGGGUACAGUCAAGCUUCCCCGGAUGGUGUGAGCGCCGUGGGCUCAUCACCCACACCAAGCCCCCCAGCCGAAAGAAAUACGAAAGCGAAGGAACGAUGGAAGAUGUCGGCAAAGAAGGCUCUGCUGCUCUGGGCAAAGGAGCAGUGUGCCACGCACGGAUCCAUCAGCAUUGCCGAUUUCAAAUCCAGCUGGAGGAAUGGACUGGCUUUCUUAGCUAUCAUUCAUGCCUUGCGGCCAGACCUGGUUGACCUGGAAAGAGCAAAAGGGAGAACCAACAAAGAGAAUCUGAAAGAGGCCUUCCAAAUUGCAGAGAAGGAUUUAAAUAUCCCCCCUCUGCUUGAACCUGAAGAUGUAGAUGUCAUCAGUCCAGAUGAAAAGUCCAUCAUGACGUACGUGGCCCAGUUUCUGCAGUACUUCAAAAGUUUACCUGUGGCUGAAGAAGACACCCAGGGAAAAGUCGGUGAGGCCUUGGGUUGGCUGAGUGCUCAAGAAAAGAAGUUAACAAAGAUGCUGGCUGAAAAUGAGACUGCCCCCUUCUACACAAAAUACCAGGAGAUACUGUCUUUUAUGGAAACAUUUAAUGAGGAGAAAAAGGCCUUCCUGCCCCUCCUAGCGUCCAAAAGAAAAGUUCCGGAGCUGAGCGAAGAUUACCUGAGAAUGAGAGAAAAGUGGGACAGCAUCAACUUGCAGAUGAACGGAUGGAAAGCAAAGCUGGACCUUUUGCUGCCUCAACCUCUAGAUGUCAUUGAAUCCUGGCUCCAAGAGGUAGAGCAUCUGCUGGCCGAAGAUCUACCAGAUUCUCAAGAACACUGUAAAAAGGUGGCUGUCCUUGAAGGGAAAAUGAGAUCCAUCCAGGGGAUACGUCAACACAACCUCCUCUUCUUUCAGAGCUCCAUGGAAUGUUUUGAGCGGCACUUGGAGACCCUGCAGUCCUUCAAGAACAGAGAUGAGAAAGGAACUCCUCUCGUGCCCCCUCAGAAGCUGGAAGAGAUGAGGAGGAGGUUCAGCAACAUUCAGUUGACAGAUUUUAAUGUCUUUGUGGAGCACCACCACUCACUCUGCACGGCAGUCUUGGAGGAGCUGAUAUCCAAGCUGAACGUUUGGCGCAUCCGGUUUGGGACCAAGGAGACGGUGGAGUCGCUGCUUUCAGAUUGGCAGGAUUUUAUUGAAGAAAGAAACUUUGUCGGUCAGCUAGAUGCUGCACUGCAAGCAUGCAAAGAGAAGAACAAAAUCAUAAGCGCUUCUAAUUUGGGCACUGAUCCUGAGGAUGCCAACAAACUAUUUAAGAUGGUAGAAUCUCAGAUUUCCAGGUGCAAGGAGUACAUUUACAAUGUAAAUGAAACCUUGCAAAAAGUGUUGGCAUCCUGGGCUACCUACACCGGGAACAUCGUCUUGUUAAAGGCUUGGCUGGAAGAGACACGGAAAGGCCACCCUAAAAAGGUCCCCCCAAAGACGCUGGCAGCCUGGAACUCCCGGCAUGGAUCUUUAAACGAAGCUGGAAACUUUUUGAUCGAAUGCAGCAGCGAGGAAGUAGGGGCAGCCAUUUCUGGAGAACUGAAAAAGCUGAACAGAAAAUGGGCUAAACUUAUAAAGAAGACACAGUUUGAAAUGAAAUUGCUGAGAAAGCAAGAGGAAAACGCCAAGCCGGAGCCUGACAGCAAUGGGAAUAUUGAUUCUCCUAGACGAGUGGAGCCACACCUGCGCGGGCCCCCAGGAGACGCUUCAGGAGAUGCUCUUAAGAUGAAUGUUGCAGAUGCGGAGGCUCUCCCAGUCCAUCUUCAUGCUGAUACAGUGAAGCCAGAAGUGUCCUUGUCAGAAGAAGCGGUCAAGCAAGAUUUCGAAGAUGCUUACAAGCAGCUUGAAGCAUCUAUUGUAAAAGCUAUGCAGCUCCUUGGCCAGGAAGCAAGCCCUGGGGCACCAGUUUCAAAGCACGAGGAAGCUUUUAGCGUCUUGGAUACCUGCAUCCUUGGCAAGUUUUUGAAAGCCACGGAACAAUUGAAAGACAUUUCACCCGCUCAUGAAAAGGCUGUGGUGGAAGAGAAGAGCAGAGAUGUUUGUGAGAGAUGGGAGGCCGUUCGCCAUGAAAUUGUAUCAUAUAUUCAAUUAAAAAUGGAAAUUGGAAGAGGAAAGCUGAAUAAGACUUUCUCAAAACUCAAUAAACAGCUAAAUAAAGAGGAGAAGCUGCUCAGCACAGGAAAAACCAAGGGACUUCUUGACGAACAUGAGGCCAUGUUUUCUCAGCAAGGUGGCCUGGGUGAGUUGAACAAGUGCUUGCAGGCCAUCAAAACAAUGAGUGAGAAAAUAGCCGAAGACCAAGAUGAGCCCCAAGCCCAGAUCCCAGUAGCCGAAUACGAGAAAAGGAAAGAAGCGCUUCAGACACGGGCAUCUGCUGUGUACAAUGCACUGGCGUCCAGCGCAGGUGAUGGCCACUCACCUAAGAAAGGAGCUUUCCUUCUUGCUUCUGCCAAUGGAGAGGGGGCAUCGUCUCUGCAUCCCCAUGACAGGUUUUCUCCUGGAAAGGGCUCAGGGGAUGUUUCUCUCAUAAAUCUGGAACUUGAAAAGAAACUUCAGAAUGGAGGGCAUUGCACGGAGAAAUUUGGAAGGGAUGGAGACCUGCCUUUGAAGAGACUAAAAGAAAGUUAUGACACAGCGAGAGAUAAUCUGAAGCUUCAUCUAAGCACCGUCAGAGAAAAAAUAGCUUCUGCAUUUACUGAUGAUGUGAAAGAUGUUUCCUGCCUUCAGAAAAAGUUAGAUCAGCUAAAGGCCUUAGAGAGUGAAGCCGGUUCUUCCUGGAAACUGUUUGAAUCGGUGGCUUCAGAACUAGGAAAAGCUUCAGGCAAGACAGAAGAGUCUGACGGCUCUGGAGAGGCUGAGGAAGAACUGCACAGAGAAUGGAAGGACCUCCAGUCCGCUUUAAAUAAAAGGAUGGCGUCUUUAAAGGCUGUUUUGGCGCUUCUUCGGCCCAUAGAAAGCAAGUGGGUGUCCUUGUGCCACUUGGACGAACAGCUCUGUACAGCAGACAUCCCGCGGGGCAUACUGAGCAAAGCGGAUCUUCCGUUCAAGAAAGUGAAGAAAAUACGGACAUCCGUAGCAAACUGUAUUGAGCAGUGCAGCCGACGGGGGCGAAGCAGCCCCGCAGGAGAGACAGUUGACCCGACAGACUGGCAAGCAGCUGGCGCAGUGAUGGGUGAAUUCCGAGCAAGACUGGAGGAACUGGGUCACAAGAUGCAGGUCGUUGAAGCCAUCCUGCAAGAUCUGGAAACGUUCCUGGCUUUCCUGAAGCGAGUGAAGCGGUCUGUAGAUGCCUGUACACCACAGUCUGCAGAGGAUGUCCCUCAGGAGGUGUCCCAGUUGAAGAAAGAGGCCAAAAAUCUGGAUGAGCGGUUGAGGCGAGUCCAUGUCCGCUUGGAAGAGGCUGAAGGGGUUGAAAAGAUGUGGUGCCAAGACCUCGUGGCAGCUUUAGGCAUAAAGGAAGCCCCUGCUGCCGGCCCUGCAGAGAAACAAGAGGUCACCCAGAGCCAGGAGGAAGAAUUUGCCUUGAAGAAUAGCGAGCUCUAUAAAAAUAUCCAAGAUCUGCAUGACAAGAUCACUAAAUUAGGUUUGAGGGACCCAACGAUUCCUGCUGUUCAGCAAAGGUUGAAAUCGCUCACUGAACUGCGGCAGAAGUUGGAUCGCCACGCUGCAGAGAUGAGAGCCCUGAAUGAAAUGGUUGGCCAACUUGCCAAGAGCACCAAGGCCCGGCGAGAAGACGUCCGGCAGCAGUGGAGACUUACGGAAAGUCUGUGGAAAGAGACCAAACUCUCGAUUGCUGAAAGGCUGGAACACUGUGCUCAGGUGAUGGAGCUCUUGAAGAACUAUCACAGCUGCAAAAGCUGCCUGGAGAAUAUUAUUCUGAAGCAAGAACACGCCCUGUCCCAGCAAGUGUCUUACAUGGGGAAGGAGAACCUGCAGCGGAUAAUCGCCAAGGUCAACUUGGUAAAACAAGAAUUUAACAGCCGUUCUGAAGACGUGGACAGAAUAAACCAGAUUUGUAAAAACCUUCAGUCCCAUCUGAACAAAAUGAAGAGCUUUGAGGACCCUCCCUUUGAGAAUGAGGCUAACGCUAUUGUGGACAGAUGGCUGGAUAUCAAUGAACGGACUGAAAACUAUUGUGAUAACUUGGGAAGAGCUCUGGCGUUAUGGGAUAAACUUCUUAAUUUAUCCAGCUCAGUUGACGAAUGGUCAAAUGCAGAGCUGAAGAACUUAGAGGAUGGCCACUUGAGCGAGGAAGAGUUGGCAGAGCUGGAGGCUGCCUUACGGUUCCAAGAAAAAAACUUAGAGGAAUUUGACUCAAAGGUGGAUGAAAUACAGCAUCUUCUCAAUAGCAGCGAGCCCCCGCUUGAGCUACAGGUCAUCAGAUCCUCUCUUCUGAACAAAAUGGAGCUGAUAAGGAAGCAGCUGCCAAACAGGUCGGUGCCCAUUGGACUCAAUGGUAACACAGUGGAACUAAAAGGAGACCUUGACCUGGCCAAGACGCAAAUCGGAAUGACAGAGUCACUUCUGAAGGCCUUGUCGCCCUCGGAUACCUUGGAGAUCUUUACUAAACUGGAGGAAAUUCAUCAGAAGAUUCAGCAGCAAAAAUGUCACGUGCACUUACUUCAAAAGGAGACAGGUUAUUUGAACCCAGAAGUGAUUGAAUUGCAGCAGCAGCUUGAAAGCAUGACUGACUUAUUCAACUCGAAGAAACAAAUUUUUCAGGAUCACUUUACUACUCUCUUGGACUAUCAGUGUAACAGUUUUGAUGAAUGGUUCAACAGUACUCGGCUAUCUCUGGAGGAUUGUUUUGACCCCUCUGAAACUAAAGAGAUAUUAGAAGAGAAAAUUCAGCGGCUGACGAGCUUCCUAGAUUUUGAUGGCAAAGACAGUGAUAUCCACGAGGUGAAGAUUCUCCUGACGCAGCUGAACAGGUAUUUGCCCCAAGCGCAGGUCAACCAACUGAGCAGCUGGGUCCGGGACCGAGAAGCGGCGCUGCAGGGAAUAACUUCCAAAAGCGAGGCUCGCCUGCACAAGCUCCACGUUUCUUUGCAGCAGUUUGCUAGGCUUGAAGAUGACUUUGGAAGUCUGGAGGGAUGGCUAAGCCUUCAGGAAGAGACUUUGCAAGAGAGCCUGAAAGAGAAGCUGGGACUUGAAAAUUUUUAUCAACUUCUACUAAAGCAGAGGGAGUCCUUUGAUUCUUUUGCUUGGCUGGCAAAUUCUUUGAGGAACGCUGGAUUUUCAGGGGAUGAGGUGGUACUAGGAUCCAGUCAGCUUGUUGGCAGGUACAAGAAGUUGCUCAACCAGGUCCGUAAAAGCCUCCGACUUCCUCAGGCACUUUCUGCAGAAGAAAAGAACUUUGAAGAGCUGGCCCAGAGCAUGCUCUGUUGGAUUCAGAGAUUGAAGGACUCCAUCCAGAGGCUGAGUGCCAAAGAAACCAAGAUGCCUGCAGAAGAAAGGCUGUGCCAGAUGAAGGAGAUUGCCUUGCUGAAAGAUGAAGGAGAUGCUAAACUGCAAAACAUUGCAGCUCUCGGAGAACACUUGAAGAGCCUUGAUGGAAGCAAAAACCCAGCAAUUCAGCAGAAGGUUUCCGAUGUCCAGAAUGAGUGGGACUGCACCUUUCAGCUGGCUGCUGACUGUCUGAAGCACCAAGAAUCAUCCCAGCCACAACAGGAGCCAGACAGGCAAAAAGUCGACAGUCCAACUAUGGUGUUGUGGGAACCGGGCAACCAGACUCGGGACUUCAGCCUCGCUUUUCAACCUGGCUCAUCCGAGGAGCCCAGCCAGUUUACAGAUUCUGCUGCCCUCCUGCAGGAAACGGAGGGCUUAACCCUCCUGGUGAACGAAUUAGCAAGGCAGCACAGUUCUUUUGGCCUCUGCCCUGGCAGCUCCGUGACUGAGGAAUCACAGAGGGCCUUGCAGCAUCUCCAUGAAAGUCUCUGCAGCCGGUUGCAGAACAUGUCACAGCUCUUGGAAGGACACGCCAGGGAACGCCGACGCUGUGAAGAGCUUGCAGCUCGCUUGCGGGCCACCCUCCAGGAGCCCCCGGAGACUGCCGAGGCAGCGCAAAAGCAGGUACAACAAGAAGCUCUUUGUCAAAGUGAAGGCACUUUACAGGAGAUUGUGGCACUGGUGGAUUCUGUCAGGCAGAAGAUCUCCCCAUCAGAGCAGGCAUGUGUUAAGGAUAAAGUGGACGUGCCACAGACAAGACACAAGAAGCGUCUUAAAACUAAACACAGACAUGUGGAGCAGGAAGCUGAGAACAGCCAGGGCAACCUGGUUAAGCAGAACCAAGUCUCUUCCGAUGAUGGGCAAAGCCAAAAGGAGGUUGAUGAAACGACAGCCACAGGGAAACCGAUAAGUGCUGGUGUUCCCUUUGCUGCCAAAGAAAUCAGCACGAUGGACAUACUGGAAGGAUGCAAGAAAGGAAGACGUAAGCAGGAAAAGUCCCUCACCAUGAAAGAUCAGAUGGAUGGAGAAGCACCACAAAUUUUCCAGGAAGUGCUGACAAGGAACGAGCAGUCGCCAAGAUCUGCAUCGGCUGAAUCUAUGGAGGAACCAUCUUCAACUUUUGAGGGGCUGAAAGGCAGUUUGAUUGAAGCCCACAAUUUCCCAGGCUCGACAAGGCAGAGUAGAAAGCAGCUACAGAAAUCCGGACAAAUGCCGGCGGACGACGAUCUUCUUGAUGAGCUUCAGCAGCGGCAGCCAAGCUAUCAAAAGAAAUUGCCAGCGACGUGGGGCUGGUCAGAAAUGCCUCAAUCUACUGGGCCGUUGAUGAAUGGCAAAGGGACUGACCCUGUUCUUUCCUCCAUUACGCACCCAUUGCCAGAAAGCAAGGGCCCAGAGGUAGAAACCGUUUCCCAGAAGGGCCUGCUUCCAUCUGAAGACCAAGCAAUUUUGGAAUAUGCCGAGGUGGAAAAGAAGAUCAAUGAGAUGAAAGUCUGGGCUGCAGAGUUAGAUAUUGUGUUGCUGAAUGAUCAGCUGAGAGAAAUCGAGAAUUUGAGCACACUGCUGGAAAAGCACGAAGCCAAAGCUUUUCCAUCGAAGCAAGGAGAGCACCUGGCUGCUGCAGAAGAAAGCAAACGGGAUCUGGCAGAUGCCCCCAGGGUGGCACCUCCAGGCUGGGACACACUCAUGCAGGAUCUGACAGCUGUCAAGGAGGCCAAGCAGGCUCAGGUUCGUUCACUGAAGAGCUACCAGGAAGGCCUCGCUGCCGUCCAAUCUGCACUGAAGCAUUUAUCGUCAGAAAAAGAGAACAUUAAAAUACGAGGACCAAUAGAAGAUGCAGCUCUCCUGGAGAAUAUUAAGAAGUGCUUGGCUUCUGUCGAAAAAGAGAAAUGGCUUUUAAACACGCUGAAAUCUGAACAAGAAAGCUUAUCUAGGCCCCUUACCUGGAUGGACAAGGAAUUAACGCAAAGCCAGGUGAAUCAAGCUGAACAGUGGUGGAGACAGCUGGAGGAGUCACUCCAAAGGAGCCAGUUCCGCGUAGCAGCUGAAGCCGACGAAUUUAAACAUUUUAUGGGCAAAGCUGAGGACCUGCAAAGGUUGCUGCAGAAGCAGUACCGUUUGCAAACAGGCCUGGACAGCCCCGAUGGAGAAGACCCUUUGCACUCCUCUUUGAUGGCCACUGACCUGCAGGCACUUAAACAUAGUGUCUCUCUGUUAAAAAGAGGUGCUGAGGUGUGGAUGAAAAGGAUUUGGCGCGAUCCAGGGAAGAAAGCCCUGGAAAGCAUGAUCAAUGAUUUGCUGAACCAGGUGGAGGAACUGGAGCAGCUGACACCCAGGGAGGGCGCCCCGAUCCCUGCCCACCCCCGGGCAUACGAAAUUACAAAGAAGGUAGAAGAGGCCAUUUUGUGGGCCAGGGUCUCAGUGCUCCAUCUGGAUGAGGCAGUGGCUCUUUUUCCAGAGGAUGUUGCAUCACAAAUCGAGAGCUGUAAGGCUCUGAUCCGUGCGACCGAGGAGAAAAAGCCAGUGCUUGUGCGGCUGGCAGAGGAGGUGCAAAGCAUCGCUCCCCAGUUGGCCUCCCAGGAAGCUUCCUCGCUCACUUUGCUUUUACGGAAGCUGCAAACCCACUACCAAGGUCUAGUGCGGAAAUUAGUUCAGAAGAUGCAGCAGUUGGAACCGCAGCUCGGAAAGAGGAGCGAGCUUUUUGCCGAGAUGGAAAAGGUUGAAACCCAACUUCAGAAGGCAGAGCAGGCGGCCACUCUAGAGGCUGGCAAAACAAGCCUGAAGUCUGAGCUUGACCAUUGGCGGGCCAGUAUGGAAAAGAUUCCCAAGGAGAUGGAGGAUUUGGAAGACCUCGUGGAUGCCAGCUGCAGGGAACCAGCUGAGAGGCUAAAUAUAUUUGAGCAGCUGUUUCUGAAAGACUGUUUGAGUAGCCUUAAGAACAGAGCUAAGAGAGCCUGUAGGCUGAUGCAAAUUAAGUACGGUGCAGCGCAAAACAAGCUAGAUGCCUGUGAAAAGCUCUCGGAAAAAAUGGCGGCCUUGCAGCAGGACCUCAGCUGCCUCCAGGCAAAGGGCCUGGAACUGGACCCAGAGGCACUGUUGCCAACAGAUGAAGGGGUAAAGAAGAAAUUGAACCUGCUUCAAGAGAGAGCUUUACGGAUCCAGUCCGAUUUAUCACAGUUGGGCAGAUACAAGGAGAUUUGGGAUUGCCUCGGCCUGAAGUGGGACGCAUCACACCUUGAUGAAUUGCAAAGCCAGUUUUGCAAAAUGAAGAAUAACCUUGAGCAGAUGCUUAAACGCUUCGAUCACUUUUGUGCAGAAGGUGAAAGGUACCAGACAGCGCUUGAUGGGCUUUUGACCAUGGUCGACAAUAUACAGAAAGACUGGGAUGCUUGGAAAGAUGGUUCUGCCUCUCCCUCUGAAACCUGUCUGGUAUCAGGAAAGGUUUUGAGCUGGAGAGUGAAACAUGCCAGAUACUUAACUGAGGAGGUACUCAGGCUGUUAGAUAAAAAUGAGUCCUUUAACACCUCUCUCAAAGAGGCCAAGCUGCGGCAAAUAAAGAGCCUGGAGGCAAAAAUAGAUGAAUUGUCGGGAAAGAUCCAAUCUAACAUAUUGGCCAGUCAGGAAAAAUGCAGAUCUGAGCAAGGUUUGCAGAGUGAGCUGGAUCAAAGUUUAAGGGCAUUGCAGCAAAUUAAAUCUGAGCUUCAGCAGCCUGUCCUACUUGACUUGGACAGUCAGUCAAUUUCCCAUGAAAAGCUGUACUGCAAAGUGCUUGAAGAUGCUGUGAAAGCAGAAUCGCGCAUUGCUGAACAUUUAAUAGACAAGGAAAGAGAAUUACCUGCUCCUGAGGGUCUGGCAAAGGAAGCAGAGGCACUGAAGAACCUGAAGAAACAGCUGAAAGCUGACCUUGCUGCGCGUCAAAGCACCUUAGACGAAGCUUGCCGGACUGUGAAGCUUUACACUGAAGCUGUUCAGAAGGCCGCUGGCCUCCUCCGUCAGUGUGAAGCCCGUCUCCCCACUGCUCCAUUUGACUUGGAUAAACUAGAAGAUGGGUCUGGCCACCUCUUUCAGAAGAAACAAGAAGAAUUUGAGACUGCGAAGGCUGAAGGAGAAGCCCUGAUCUCUGCACUGCAAAAGAAGAUGAAAGCAAAAGCCAGAUUGCAACCGGAAAAAGCUUUGAAUGAUCUGGUUGCGAGGAAUUUGGUCGUAAGAGAACAGGAACGAAAGAGCAGAUCUGCUAUGCAGAGAUAUUUGGCAAAAUACCACAGCUUCAAAAAGUCCAAAGAGGUGAUACGUACUAAUCUGAACAAUGUGGAAAAGGUGCUCUGGAAAUCCUUCUAUCGUACUCCGGUGUCUUACAAAGAAGCUUUGGAGCUCUCCGAACAAAGCAAGCUGCUUGUCUCCCAGCUGGUUUCAACUGAGCAGGAUCUGAUGAAGUUGCGGCAAGAUUCGGGACAGCUGAGCUCGGUGUGCAAAGAGGGCGUCCGCACCUGGAUCGUCACCCUUGUGUCCACCUUGUGGCUCAAGUGGGUUUACCUGCUCAACGCCGCCAAAGAAUGGGAAGGGAAAUGUGACGAGCAGAGCCAGGAAUGGAAAGCCGUGAAUGAAGAGAUGGAACGAGAAGCAAUCAUUCUAGACAAUUUUCUGGAGGAACUGCCUGAAAGCCCCAGAGAAAAAGAGAGAGCCACCAAAGAAGAACUGGGAGAGUUUCUGGAAGCAGCAAACUACUACAAGGAAAGUGUGGAUGCUGAGAAAUUACUGCUACAUGUAAUAUCCCACCGCUUGAGAAGCAUACUAAAUGUCCCUGAAUGUCCACCUGAAAAAGGAGGAAACAUUCCUGUUGUGUGUGAAAUUCAGACCAUGCAAGACCGAAUCACAGAGAUCUGUCAAAAGGUUCAAAAGCAAAAGGAUGCUGUGCAGUCUGAGAUUGCAGAGCGGGCCAAAGUUAAUGAAGAAAUAAGUGCUGUGAAGAAUUCUUUGCUGGAGACCAUGUUGUUACUUCCGGGCACAGCGCUGGAGGGAAAGGCAGCAGAUCUGGAGGAGAUUCAGAGAGCAAUCGAUUGUCAGAAGCAAACUCUGGAUCAGAUCAUGGAGAAGCUGCGGAUCAAGUAUGCUGAAAUGUAUACAAUCGUUCCACUUGAGAUCGAAAGACAUUUGGACGAUUGCAAGGAAACCUUGCAAAACCUGGAAGAAAAGGUCAGCACUGAGCUCAUGAAAACUUCCCCACACUACACCACAGAUAAAAAAAUAGAAGACAUUAACAAAGGCCUCCAAGCGAUUGAGAGCAUGCUCCAGCAGAAGAGCGAGAACAUCGACAAGGCUAAAGAAAUUCAGAAGAGAAUCUGGGAUCUGCUAGAUCUUUGGCAUUAUAAAAUGAACGAACUGGACUCAGACGUUCAAGACAUUGUGGAACAAGACCCUUGCCAAGCCCAGGAGCUGAUGGAUCGCUUGAUGAUCCCCCUGCAGCAGUACCAGCAAGUCUCACAGUGUGCCGAACGCAGAACUGCGAACCUAAACAGGGCUGCUAGCAAAAUAGAAGAAUGCGAUGAACUCCUGAAGUGCUUCCGCUUUUGGCUUGAAAACACCAACCGUCUGCUCUCAGAACAGGGUCAAAGUGACUCCGCAAAAGUUUUGAACAAACACGCCAGUGCGCUCCAGAUGGCGUUUGAAGAUUCAGAACAAAAGCAACACAUUCUUGAUGCAAUUUACCCAGAACUGGAGGAGUUGUCAACUUUGAUUGAGACUGGAAAGAUGAUUCAGGAGCUGAAUGAAGUAAAUGAACAAGUCAAAGCCUCGCAACAGAAAAUAAUGGAGGUCCUUCCACACAUCCAGCAGUUGGCUGAUGAUGUGGAAGCUGUUGAAUCCGAAGUGAAAGCAAUGGAGAAGAACGUUGAGAAAAUUAAGUCCAUCCUGUCCCCUUCAGAAGACACCCUUGAUUUUUCUCCUGAGGAGCAUCUGAAACAUGGGCAGGUUAUAUUGGCCCACAUCCAUCCCAUGCAAAAAACACUGGCUGACUUACAACGCUUUAAAGAAACCCUGCGGCUACCAGGCAUGAAACCGCAACCCCUCUCCGUCUUCCAAAGGACAAAGCAACUCUUGAAAGAGCUGAAGACUUUAGAGAGAAUCACUGUGGAACAAAAUGCUCUGCUCGAGCCCAUUGUGAAAGAGAUGGGAGAAAGUGAGCAGGAAAUUGACUUUCUGAAGCAGCGCCUGUUUCCAAAGAGCGACUCGGAUGACCUGUCUACUGAAAACCCCUGGCCGGAUCAGGCUGCCUCUCAGCCAGAGGGCAAAGAAAUGGAAAAAAUCAAAGAGCGGCUUGCCUUCUUGUGCCAAAGGAAAGACGAUCUUCUCACAACCAUGAAGAAUUCUUUGGUGAAGCUUCACCAGCGGCAAGAAGGACCAGAACCGGAGGACGAGGCUUUGGAAUCGCAAGUGGUGGAGGAGAGUCGAAGUGGGGGUGACUGGCAGCCCAAAAAGCGAGGGUCGCUGUCUCUUCUGCCCUCCUUGGUUGAAGAAGCUGAAGACAGCUCGUUGCACAAUGAAGAGGUCGGUGCCCAUGUGCGCAAGGCCGUUUGUGAUAAACCUGGUCAGCAGCUUGCUUUGUCGUCUCCGCAGAAAGCAGAACACAACGAGGAGCUUCUUGGCUUUUGGAGUGGGGGCAGGCCCCCGGUCGGAGCCACAAACCCUGCCCAGGGCUUGUGGGGAGCGCAGGGCGACUCCGAGGCAGCUGCCGGGCCUGGCCCGGGGCCCACACAGGUCCUGCAUGCAUGCCAGGCGCGGCUUGCUGAGCUGGAGCUGUGGCUAGACCGAGCUCGGGAGUCCCUGGGGUCAGAAGCCCACACCCGCCAAAUGCAACAGACGGUGGAAGAGCACCUAGCUUUGUGCCAGGUCAUGUUGUCUGAGAUUGAACAGAAGGUGGUCUGUCUCUUGGAGGACUGCAAAGACCGGCCCGCCAGCGACGGCCCUGGGCUCCAGCAAGAGGCCGAGAGCCUUUCUGCAAAGCUGAAGGAUGUGAGGUGCAACUUGGAAAAGGUGCAAGGGAUGCUGCAGGACAAGCACUCGGAAGGACAGCUGAUCUCUGAAGAAAAGCUCUCCGAGAAGGCCCCACCGGCUCCUCAUUUUGACCUCUCCAACGUAUUUCCACCUAUUACUUCCGACCGGCUUCUGCCCAGCAGGCUGAAUGGGUUACAGCAGCAGCAGGAUCUGCUCCUCAAGCUGUCUGAACAAAGCAACCUCAUUGACUUCAUUGAGGUGUAUGUGGAGAAGACCCAGCCGCCCCCCGGGGAGCGCCCCCUGCUGGGGUCGCAAGCAAGUCACGAGAUGCCCAGCUCGGGGAACGCAUCCCUCGUUGAGAGCCUGAAGGAUCAGACCGGGGACAAGUGGCAAUAUUUGCGGGAAGAGCUGCUGCUCAAGACGAGUCCCCCUCACGGGCACUUGGCUGAACCUCAAAUCUCUACCAAAAUAAACAUUCUGCCCAAGGGGGCCCCGCCGAGUGUGAGAACUCCAACCGUCGAGGAGCUGAAAACAUACACCGCACAGCUUGGUAGUCUAAGCCAAGAAGCGUCUGUUCAGAAACAGGAAAACGCAACGGGGGAAAUUUCGUUCAGCUUGGACCAGAAACUCUUUGAGCUCCUUCUGGCUAUCAGCCGCUGCCUGAACAACAUGGAGCAGAUGCUCAGCACCUGUGUGCUCACCAGUGAAGAGGCCCCCAUGCAACAAGCACUUUAUGAGACUCUCUCUGCAGAGCUCCAGAAGCUUCAUGGAUACAUUGGUGACAAGAAGGAUGAUCUUUUGAAGUCCAUCAGCUCUGCCGGUCGGAAUCCACAAAGAUUCUCCCAGUGUUUUAACGACUUGCAGGCAUGGCUCCAAUUGACCCAAGCAGCGGCUGAUUCCAGGAGCAAGUCUAUGAAAACGGAGCUGGACCAUUACAGCGAUUAUCAGAAUGAAAUCAGGCUCUUGUGUGAUGCAUUGACUGAGAAAAAAUCCACACUGCAACAGCCCUUCUGUGCAACAAGCAGGCACAAUGCAAGCGAGCAGCUCCAGGAAAUGAAAAGCUGUGAGUUGGAGCUGCAAAACUUUGAGAUGAGGACAGCUAAACUCAGGGAUUAUGGAGAAAGAUUCCACUUGCCUGUGGCCCUAAUCCAGGAAGUAUACAAACUGGAGGAUAUGCUGGAUGAGCUUUGGGAGAGCCUGAGAGAGAAACAGAGAGAGCUUGGUGCUCCAUUCGUGAAUGAAAAAGAAUACGACACUUUGCUACGUGGGCUAGUGGAGCUCGUAGACCUCGGGCAAGGAAAAAUUGCUCAAGUAUCGAAGCUGAGAGCUACCGAUCGACCUAAUUUACAGUUCCAUCUGGAAAACCAUAAGAGCUUUUUCCGUAAUCUUAACACCCACAUGCUGCUUGUGCAAAUGUCUUCCAAAAAAGUGGCACAUUGCAUAUUACAAAAGAGAGAGAAAUCCUGGAAUGAUUUGGUAGAGAAGAUCAAAACAUUGGAAGAGGAGGCGGUGCAGCACGGAGCCUACUUAGAAAAACUGUUACAGGACUGGAUUGAAUUUGAUGAGAACCAUGCGGCAUUCUACCAAAAAAUGGAGGCACUUUCAUCCACUGUUCCUUCUGUGAGCUUGGUGGAAGAGACAGAAGAACGGUUGAUGGAAAGAUCUCAGCUCCUUCAGCAAAUCAAAAGGAACCUGGAGGAGGAAGAGGCCCAAUUUCAUCAGAUCGUGAAGGAUGGGAAGAAUCUGAUGGAGCUGGUGAACUGUCCUGACCCGCAGAGCCAGGUCAAGAAGCUAGAAGAGCAGUGGGCAGCUGCAUCCCAAAAAGUGGACCAUGAGCUGCAGCGGCUUGAGUCCUCGCUCAAACUCUUCUGCAGCUACCGCAGGGAUUCCAAAGAGCUGGACGACUGGCUCGAGUCCACGCAGCCGAGGGUGAAAUCCUGGACGGAGCAGUCCCUUGAUGCAUCCCAGGACCUGAACACUGUCAGGAACAACAUCCAGGGGUUGCUCGAAUUCCAUAAAGAAGUGGAUGAGAAAUCGUCUUUGAAGUCCUCCGUCCUAAGCACGGGCAAUCAGCUCUUGGUCGUUAAGGCAUCGGAUGCUGCGGUGCUGCGGUCGAGUUUGACAGAGUACGAGCAGAAAUGGGCUGACCUGAUCGCCCAGUUGCCGAGCAUCCAAGAGAAGUUUCACCAGCUUCUGAUGGCAAAGCUGCCCUCUCAUGAGGCCAUUGCAGAAUUAAUUGCCUGGAUGAGCCACGUUGACCAGCAGAGAGAAAACGAGGCCCCCGUCAGUUUGCAGAGUCCCGCAAGCCAAGUGAACGGCCUUCUUAAGAAAUACAAGGCAUACCUGAUGGAAAUGAACUUCAAACAGUGGGUAGUUGAUCAUGUCAACCAGUCGCUGCUGCAGCUGACGACUUGUGAUGUUGAAAGCAAACGUUAUGAGCGGACGGCGUUUGCGGAACUUCUUGGGGAAAUGAAUCUGAAGUGGCAUAGAUUGCAAGGGGCCCUGCACGGAAAGGAAAAAGAACUGGAGUGCAUUUUGGAGGCUGUCACUGAAAACGAAAGCAGAGCUCAGUCUUUGAGCAGGUGGCUGGAAGCACAAAGCCGAAGGCUCAGCCAGGUGGAGAAGCCAUCCAGCUCCAUCCUCGCAGAGGACACAGCAAGAGAGUGCAGUGUGCUAGAAAAUCAGCUUGCCAUUAAAGCCAAGGAGGUGGAUCAGCUGAAGCAAAACCACACGGCUUUAGAUUACGGUGCAGAGGCUCCUGAAGGCAGCGCGAAGAGAGCCCAUGAUCUGGAUGAAAUGAGGACCAGCGCUGAGAACCAGGUUGCCCAGCUGAAGACUUCGGCAGGCGCUGCGUUAGAGAGCUGGAAGGUUUACGAUGCGGCAUGGUGUGAAGUCAGCCUGAUGCUUGCUCACGCUUCUUACCUCGUGGAGCAUAGCAGGCCUCCUGUGAUGACAUUCGAGAUGCUGAAAAACCAGAUGGAGAAGCUCCAGGCUCUGCAAGAUAAAGCUGAGAGCAAUGAAAAAACGUGGGCUGGACUCCAAGCUGCUGCUGGUAAUCUCAUGAAGCUGUGCAGUCCCUUGUUUUCUAAAAUUAUUGAAAAGAAACACAAGGAGGCACGUACAAGGUGGACACUGGUAAACCGAGAAAUUGAAGAUCAGCUGCAGAAAACACAGACUGCUUUACACCUUUGGGAGCCUUACACUGAAUUACACGCUGAAGUUACAGCAAAGCUAGACAAACACGAAGAACAAUGCUGUUCCCUUCAGGUGGCCAGAACACCUACAGGCUGUACCGUGGACUUUCUUAAGCGGAAAAUACAGGAAGUGAAGAAUAUGCAGCUGGGGCUUCAAAACAUCAAGGAGAGCAUCCUGCAGGCUUCUGAGCUAGCAGAUAAAAUAGCUCAGCUGUGUGAGCCCUCGGCCCAGCCCCUUCUUCUGGAGAAGCACCACCUGCUCCAGAGGGUCUCCCGUUUAGAAAAGAUGCUGCAGAUGAAAGCAGAUGAACUUCAGUUUGGUCUUUCACAACUUGAGGGCUUUGAGAAGUGCUUGGAAAAACUGGAAAAUCAUGUUAAAAACUGCACAGAAGUGUUAGACAAUUUAAAUCAAGAAGAGAAAGACCCAGAUCUGCUCAUGAGCCAGAUGCUGAGUCUCACAGCUUUGUCUCCAGAGAUGGAAGCCCUAAAUGAAGUCAGCUUCAGGCUGCCGCUCGGGGACUUCACUGCAGAGAGACUGCAGCGGCUGAAUUGGCAGUGGACUCAGAAGUCGGCCGCGCUGCUGGAGCAGUGCAGUGAACUGCAAGACGUUCAGUCAGAUGACAAGAAGUUUCUUCAGAGAUGUCAAAACUGGGUGCAGUUUCUGGAAAGAAUGAAGGAGGGUCUGAAAGAGAAGGUGGCAGGCACGCUGGACAAGCUGUGCGAACAGCAAAGGGAAUACGAGAUGCUGCAAGCAGAGAUGUCUGUUAAUCAGCAGAUUUUCAAUGCGAUCAUGUCCAAAGCUCUGCACACACUGGAAAGCGGAGGAGGAGAAAACCGGACCGAGUUCAUCUCCAAACUCACCCUGCUGAAGGGACAGUGGCAAAGCGUCGUCCGAAGGGCUCAGCAGAGAAAGAGCGAGAUUGACGGCCUCGUCAAGCAGUGGCAAAACUUUGCAACCUCGCUGAAGGACCUCACAAAAUUCCUCGCUGACACAAACAGCUUCCUAGCGGCUGUGAAAAAGCAGGACAAGUACAGCUUGCGGCAACUCAGGAAUGUGCAUCUGGAUUUCAAGAACAAGCAAAUACUCCUUCAGAGGUGGCGAACCAGGUAUGCCUUAGCCUUGGAUACUGGAGACAAGCUGCUUGGGGUGGCAGCCCCCGAGGCAAAAGCAGCGAUGGAGCUGGAGAUGAGCCAGUUGCGAGAGAACUGGGACAACACUCAGCGGCAGGUGGAGGACAUCGCGAAGCAGCUUCAGGACACCCUGCAGGCCUGGGAAAGCUGUGAGCAGAAGGCUGAAGAGCUGGGCCACAGGCUGCACGAGCAAAAGGCCAGCAUCCACGAGUCCCUCCCGGUACUGGAUGAUGAACUGCAGGGAGCCAAGGAGCACAUUAAGGAGCUGGAGAAGUCGCUCGCCACCUGGAACCAGAGCGCGCAAGCCCUUGGCACCGCGCAGGCGGACCUGGCUGCCUUCAUCCUCGCGGAAGAUGUGAUGGUGCUGAAGGAGCAAGUCGAGCACUUGCACAGGCAGUGGGAAGAGCUGUGCGUCCGAGUUUCUCUGCGCAAGCAAGAGAUCGAGGACCGACUUAAUGCCUGGAUGGUGUUCAAUGAAAAGAAUAAAGAGCUCUGUGCUUGGCUGGUGCAGAUGGAAAGCAAAGUGCUUCAGUCCGUGGACGUCAGCAUCGAAGACAUGAUUGACAAGCUGCAGAAGGACUGCAUGGAGGAAAUCCAUCUGUUCAGCGAAAACAAACUAGUGCACUUCAAGCAAAUGGGCGAUCAGCUGAUCAAGGCCAGUAGCAAGAGCAGAGUGGCUGAAAUAGACGAGAAACUCAACAAAAUCAAUGACCGCUGGCAGCAUCUCUUUGACGUCAUUGGAGGACGGGUGAAGAAGCUGAAGGAGACCUUUGCUUUCAUACAGCAGCUCGACAAAAAUAUGAGCAGUCUUCGCACCUGGCUGGCACGCAUCGAAUCUGAGCUUUCCAAGCCUGUCGUUUACGACAUCUGUGACGAUCAGGAGAUACAGAAGAGGCUUGCAGAGCAGCAGGAUUUGCAGCGGGACAUUGAGGAGCACAGUGCAGGUGUGGAGUCCGUGUUCAACAUCUGCGAUGUCUUGCUGCACGACUCGGACGCCUGUGCCAACGAGACCGAGUGCGACUCCAUUCAGCAGACGACGAGGAGCUUGGACCGGCGGUGGAGAAACAUCUGCGCCAUGUCUAUGGAGAGGCGGAUGAAGAUCGAGGAGACCUGGCGACUGUGGCAGAAGUUUUUGGAUGACUACUCCCGCUUCGAAGACUGGCUGAAGACGGCAGAGAGGACUGCAGCUUAUCCCAACUCCUCAGAAGUUUCGUACACAAAUGCCAAGGAAGAGCUGAAGAAGUUUGAAGCAUUUCAGCGGCAAAUCCAUGAGCGACUGACUCAGCUGGAACUGAUCAAUAAGCAGUACCGGCGCUUGGCCCGUGAGAAUCGCACUGAUUCGGCCAGCAAGCUCAAGCAGAUGGCGCACGAGGGCAACCAGCGCUGGGACAACCUCCAGAAACGCGUGGCAGCAGUUCUCCGGAGACUCAGGCACUUCACCUGUCAGUGGGAGGAGUUUGUGGGAAAGAAGGACAGCAUCCUGGUGUGGCUGACCGAGAUGGACCUGCAGCUGACCAACGUGGAGCAUUUCUCGGAGAGCAACUUCGAUGACAAAAUGCGACAACUCAAUGGUUUCCAGCAAGAAAUAACAUUAAACAUCAACAAGAUUGAUCAGCUCAUUGAGUUUGGGGAAUAUCUGAUUCAGAGGAGUGAACCGUCGGAUGCGGUUGUCAUCGAGGAGGAGCUGGAAGAGCUCCACAAAUACUGCCAGGAGGUGUUUGGCCGCGUCUUUCGAUUCCACCAAAGACUGUCAUCCUGGCACCCGGGGCUGGAAGAUGAAAAAGAGACCUCUGAAAAUGAGGGUGAUACAGAAGAUACGCAAGGGAUGCAGAAUGACUCCUGGCACAAGAAGGCCCUGCAGGAAGUGCCUCCGUCUCAGCAGUCCCUCUGUCACCUCAUGCCCCCCACAGUGGGUCAUGAGAGGUCAGGUUGCGAGACCCCAGUCAGCAUUGAUUCCAUUCCACUGGAGUGGGAUCACACAGGAGAUGUGGGAGGCUCCUCCUCUCCUGAGGAUGAGGAUGAAGAACCUUACUACAGUGCACUCUCAGAUGUAGAAAUCCCUGAGCAUCCCGAAGCCUAUCUUAAAAUGACCACCCAAACUUUGAAAGCAGCUUCUGGAAAAUCUGCCUCUGAGACUCACACAUGGCACUCUCCGGAAAGCCCGGCUUGCCGAAAACACCCGUACAGCCAGGGGGAGAUGGUUAGAAGUGUCCUCCUCAACAGCCCGGAGACAAGCACCCCCUACAAGGCAGCCUAUGCGAGGCAGCUGAGCACGGGGAGUACAGGCAGCAUGAAAGGGAUUUCCGGCAUCUCGCCUAGUGGAGAGUCCCGAGACAGCGAGAGCUUUGUGGGCGUUAUGGCUGUAGAUAAGCAACCAGGACCAGUUGAGAGAUGGGAGCUCAUUCAGGCCCAAGACCUAAGCAAAAAGCUCCGUCUGAAGCAGAAUUUGCAGCAGUGGCAGCAGCUGGACUCCGACCUCACAAACAUCAAUGCUUGGUUGGAUAAAAUGGAGAAGGAGCUGGAAGAACUGCAGGAGGCAGGACCGGCCACCAGCAUCCAGGUCAUUGAGCAAGGAGUCAAGAAGCUGAAAAGUAUGCUGAAAGCCUUCGAUAACUACAAGGCCCUGGUGUUGUCUGUUAAUCUGACCAGCAAGGACUUCAAGCAAGCAGACAACACCAGAUCUAAAGAGCUUCAGAACAGGCUCCGCCAGGUCAACUUACGCUGGGAGAAGGCAAAUCAUUUAAACAGGAAUUGGGGGAAGAGUUUGCAAGCAGCCCUGAUGAACUGCCAGGACUUCCAUGAGCAGAACCAGAAACUGCUGCUGUGGCUGGCUGGCGCUGAAACACGGAGGCACCAAGCACAGGUUAAGGACCCGAAUGCCGAUCCUCAUGCAAUACAAGAGAGUUGGACAGAAUUAAUGCAACUAGAAAAAGAGCUUCUGGAACAGCAACCCCAAGUGAACGCUGUGCAAGAGAUCUCCACCUAUUUACUGGCCAAAUCUGAUGAAGGAGAGUAUAUUGAAGCUGCGGAGAAGGUUCAUGUCAUUGGGAAGAAACUAAAACAGCUUCUUGAAGACGUUUCACGUGAUUUAAAGGCCUCACGGGGAAGCCAGGACAUCAGUACAUUGCUGCCCCAUGUGGAUGAGUUGGAUUCUGGAAACUAUCAUCAGCUGCCGGCAAAACCGUCCAUAUAUAAAAACAAGGUGGAUGGAGAGAAGGCCUUGCAGAUUAAGAGCAGCAGGAAUAUGAGAGCGGAAGUCAGGCAAGAAGCUGGCCCAGCAGCUCCCAAGAGCCGCUGCUUUUUCUACCGCGUGCUCCGGGCAGCUCUGCCUCUGCAGUUGCUCUUCCUUCUCUUGCUGCUUCUGGCCUCCAUGGUUCCUUCUUCAGAAGAGGACUACAGCUGCACGCAGGCCAACAACUAUGCCCGGUCUUUCUAUCCGAUGCUGCGAUACACCAACGGACCUCCGCCAACUUAAAAGCACUCGCCUUGGUAUUUCUGCACUCAACCAAAAUUAAGUUCCUCCAUGGGUGCUUCCUUUUGUGCUACUAAUGUUAGUCUGGGGACUUGACACUGCUGAAAUUUCUCCCCGGUUUCACUGUGACUUCCACCUGGGUCUAACUGGCGCUCAAAACAUCAUCAAUAUGUACACUGAGAUCUUUUGCAGGAACCUCGAGCAAGCCUGUCCCUGCAAGGGACACGUCCUCCUUCCCAUCUCCAGUAAUAAGAUCCUUUACAAAUUUCAAUGUUGGGGGUGGGUGGGGUGGAAGUGUUUAUCGCGCACACUUUUGUACAGAAAAUACUGUUUCUAUAUAUAUUUUUAUCUGUAAGCAAUGUACUUUAUAUUUUUGCACAAUCUGUCCUCGGCGGUUUUCAUGCCAGAAGGUCCCCCGAACAAAAUACAAGAUAGCGAUGUGUUCACGUUAAAAUAAUUUCUCUACCAGUUGAUAAAUGCCAUCGAAUACAGUCCUCCAGAACAGUGUCCUGCACAAGCACCGAUGUAAUCAGUAGGUGCUUGACCUGUAGUGAGAGGAUGAGAGUUCUCUUACCGCAGCCCCCUUUCAUGUUCAGUUGGACUUGCAGAGGAGGACUUCCCGGUGGAUCGGGCCCAUAGUUUUUAAUGUAAGAGUCCAUUUGUUGAAUUGGUGCUUUACAGGCACAGCAAUCACAAAAUCGAUCUCCUUAUUUUGCUAUUGUGGGAGGCGUUUUUUAAAUAUUUGUUACACUUCUGUAUUUUAGAAACCUUAUUUCUCCAGCUAAGCGGAUAUAUUUCCAAGGCGAAGAUUUUAGUACUUAGAAUGCUGCCUUGUCUGAUGUCUCCUUUUGUACUUUUUUUGAUAAAAAGAAAUGAAGACACUGCAUGUAGGAGGGCUUUUACUGUUCAUAGUUUUCUAAAGAAAGAACUGCUGAAAAUAAUUCGUCUUGAUUAUCUCCCAUGUAUACAAAUGGACUAUGUAAACUUGCGGCUUUUCAAUCAAAGAUGUUUACAUUUGCUCUUCUUUGAAUAAUGUACAGUAAGCCAAAAGAAACUUCUGUGGAUUUUUAAAAUGAUUAAAUGUGCACAGUCUCUCAGAA